AUGGGAUUGCGCGCUGAAGCCGGGUGACCGGUAAACGGCUUUUGCCAGAAGUCAUUACAUCCGCAUCUUGGAGCGGGAACCGUUGGAAGAUGAACCCGUUGACGAAAGUGAAGUUAAUCAACGAGCUCAACGAGCGAGAGGUACAGCUGGGGGUGGCGGAGAAGGUGUCCUGGCACUCCGAGUACAAGGACAGCGCCUGGAUCUUCUUGGGUGGACUUCCUUAUGAACUGACUGAAGGGGAUGUUAUCUGUGUUUUCUCCCAAUAUGGUGAGAUUGUUAACAUAAAUCUGGUACGUGAUAAGAAGACUGGAAAAUCCAAGGGAUUCUGUUUCCUUUGCUAUGAAGACCAGCGGAGCACAAUUCUGGCUGUUGACAAUUUUAAUGGCAUCAAGAUCAAAGGACGAACUAUUCGAGUGGAUCAUGUGUCUAACUAUCGGGCUCCUAAGGACUCAGAUGAAUUGGAUGAUGUGACCAGGUUACUUCAUGAGAAGGGCUGUGGGGCUCACACGCCUUCAAACAGUUCAGCUGAGGACUCUGAAGAUGACAAACCCACAAAAAUACACAAAAAAGACAAAAAGGAAAAAAAGAAAAUGAAGAAAGAAAAGCGGGAUGUACAGCCAGAAACACCAGUCUGCUCUUCGCCACCCAGAAGCAAGAUGCUAAAGGAAAACAAUUCCCCCGACUGUAAAAAGUUCAACAGCAAGAACUCUGAAAAGGUUCAGAAGUCAGAAUCCAGGGAGGGGCUGAAGCAGUACCACAGCUCCCCUGAAGUCAGGACAGCCUACCACUCUGGAACAGAGGCCCGAGACAGGGAGCCAAAGAAGGAGAAGCCCAAACAGGAACACAGGUCCUUAAGUAGGAGGGAGGAAAGGGAAGAAAAGAACAGGGAUAGGGACAAAGAUCAAAGGUCAGAUACCCACUUUGGAAGGCACAAGGAGCGUUCUGAAUGGCAUGGUCGAAGGAGUAGGAGUAGGAGUAGAAGUAGGAGCAGGAGCAGGAGCAGUGAUAAAUCCCACAGGUAUCAAAGAUCCUGGCACUCCCGGGAUUGGGGAUCCCCCACUUCCAGAGACUACAGGCAUCACUGAGACUGUAGCCGGUUGAGUUGCUUGGUAGAAUUGGACAUGAAAUGGUAUCUUCUUGUGUGUGUGUGUUUGUGUAUGUGUGUGUAUGUAUGUUGGUUCCCACCAGGAGGUACUCAUGAAUUACUCCUAGCUCUGUGCUCAGGGGUCAAUCCUGGCAGGGCUCAGGACCAUAUGAGGUUCUGGGGACUGAAUUUAGGACAGCUGCCUGGAAGAGAAACACCCUGUUCAACAAACUGUCUUUCU